CUCCUCUUCCGGGCGGACUGACGUCACCGCGGUCACGUUUCUUUACGUUGAGUGUCGUCGCCGUUUGACGGUAUGUGGAAAGUAGCAAUGUCGGAGGAGGUUGGGAAGGCGCUACAGUCGGUAGUGGAGCGGGUGAACCAGGCGGCGGCACGGCGGCCAAAGACGCUACCGACUGUGCCGCCUCGCCUCGUCGCCGUCAGCAAGACAAAACCGCCGGAGAUGGUGGUGGAGGCCUACAAACAAGGACAGCGCAACUUUGGAGAAAACUACGUUAAUGAACUUGUGGACAAAGCUUCAGAUCCUCUGAUUUUAGAAUCAUGUCCAGAAAUCAAGUGGCACUUUAUCGGCCAUCUACAGAAGAAUAACGUCAACAAACUUUUGGGUGUUCCCAACCUGUUCCUGGUGGAGACGGUGGACUCGGCCAAACUGGCUGAUAAGGUCAACAGCUCGUGGCAGCGCAUCAGAGGUUCCAGUACGCAGAGGCUAAAGGUGAUGGUGCAGAUCAACACCAGCGGAGAACAGAGCAAACACGGGCUUCCACCGGGGGACACGGUCAACACGGUGAAGCACAUCGUGUCUCAGUGUCCCGCCCUGAUCUUCUCAGGACUCAUGACCAUUGGACGCUACGGAUACGACCUCACGCUGGGACCAAACCCAGACUUUCAGAUGCUGCUGAGUCGGAGGCAGGAGUUGUGCGACAGUCUGAAGCUGCCUCUGGAGGAGGUGGAGCUCAGCAUGGGGAUGUCGACAGACUUUGAACAUGCGAUCGAGGUGGGCUCCACCAACGUGCGGGUGGGCAGCGUCAUAUUCGGCAACAGGGAGUAUCCCAACAGCGCCGCCAACACUCCGAACCCCAGUCCGGCUCCCAGUCCGGCUCCCAGUCCGGCUCCCAGUCCGGAGAAAACCUCCAAGAUGGUGUCGGAAGAAGCCGCCAAGAAGAUGACGCACCUCACCGUGUCUGAACACUAAGACGAGCUUCUUCUCCUCUGAAAUACCUUUAAGAAAAUUCUAAUAAUAAUAUUAAUAACGCUAAUAAAAAAAAAUCUCUUCACGUGCAAGAUGAACAGACCAUUUCCACCGAGUCGUAUGGAGCUGGGGUUGCACAAAUUCCUGCAUCAUUUCGAAGAGCUCUUGCCUAAUCCUCUUCACUUUUUGUGUGCCCUUCUUGCUCUUUUAAGCAUUUAAAAAGUGGCAUUCAGUCCAGAGGUAGUUGAACCUUUUUUAACAGUAGUGUCUAACAGGUGUCAUUAACCUUUAGUGCUCUGACUUCCUCCUCAUGGAGAAACCUAUUAGCCAAGAUACGAGUCAAACACUGGCGACUUACGGAAGCUUGAUUUCACAGCAGAUGAGGUGAGGAUUUGUCGUGCUGAUGUGAUAUUUUCUACCUUUCCAACCCGACAUGUGACAGUGCUGAAAUGUGUCCCGGAGGUCAGGAGCUCCACACAGUACAAAUGUACCGUUUUUGUUGUACAGUUGAAGCAAAGACUUGAUUUAAUAAAUCAUUUACCCUUUAUAAUGA